AAACCAUCAUGGUAUGGAAGCUUCAUUCUUGCUCAUAUUUGUUUACUUCUUGAAGAUUUAUUAGUAUUUUUGUCAAAAACUGAGGGAUUUAGAAUUUGGGUUGACUUUGAUCCAGUUGAAAGAACCAAAGGAAGGACCCUUAUGCCUUAAGGCGGCUUCUCUGUUCUAGUAUUUUUUGUUUUUUUUUUCCUCCCGUGGAUAUGGACCAUUUCUUGAUGAAGUAGAUCGUGGAGCUCAGGGUUUCGAAUGUAAUCGUCGAUGGGUUUUGUUUUGAUUCGGAGUUAGGAGCUUAAGCAUCAAUAUUUGAUCUUAAUUUUUUAUCGUGAUUUUGUGGCAUAAAAAAGGCAGAAAUUUGGAUUUUCACAUCGUUUAUUGAUGGGUUUUGCUUAGAUUUUUAGGAAUCACUAGCAGCUUGAAGAAUAGGGCUGCAGAGGCACCUAGUUGUGCAAAAUUUAUUGGUGUUGGGAAUGGAGGAUCAAAUCGGUUUUGGCGAUGAAACUUUGGCAAAUUUAGUUAGGGAAGUGAAGUUGGAAGAAGAUGAGGAAGAGUUUCGCAGUUGUUGUGAAGAUGAGGAAGACUGGAAGGAGAGCAACGACUCAGUUAAGGAAAGUUCGCAAUCACAAGACAAUCCUGAUGAAUUUUCGGCCAGGAUUUUAUUCAAGGGCAUGUCAAUAGCUGAUGCUGGUGAGUCUGGACUUUCUGGAAUUGGGGUAGUUAUAGAAAGAUCAGAAAAUGUUCUUCUUAUUCAGGUGCAGAAAAAGUUGGAGUUUUAUGUGGAAGAAUCCGUGGCUGACUAUUUAGCCUUAAUGGAUGGUCUAAUGGAGGCUAUGCGAAAUAAAAUUCGUAGGGUGUUUGCUUUUACAGAUUCAGAUAUAUUAUACAAUCAGAUUACAUGUGAGAAGGAACUUGAUAAUCCGCUGUUGAUUGCACUGAAAGAAAGGAUCCUAGAGCAGGCACACAACUUGGAAACAUUUAGUCUGAAACUUGUUCCCAAUUCCUAUCUUGACAAGCCAUCAAAAUUAGCCCAAGUGGCAAUUGGAAUUGUUUCUUUACCUGCAAAGGGAGAUUUAUCACUUGAAAGCUGUUCCAUAUGUUGUGAGGAGAAACCAUCACCAAUGAUGAUCAAAAUGAAAUGUUUGCACAAGUUCUGUUCCCAUUGUAUGAAAACCUAUGUCAAUGGAAGAGUACAGUCCUCUCAAGUCCCCAUCAGAUGUCCUCAGUUGAGAUGCAAAUAUUACAUCUCUACCACUGAGUGCAGAUCUUUUCUUCCGGUCAUGUGCUAUGAAUCUUUGGAGAAAGCCCUUGCAGAAGCAAACAUUCUCAACUCAGAGAAAAUUUACUGCCCUUUUCCAAAUUGUUCUGCCUUGCUUGACCCUCAUGAAUGUUUACCAACUAGGGCAAGUUCAUCAUGUCAAUCAGAUAAUAGAUGCAUUGAGUGUCCAUUUUGUCAGAGAUUUAUCUGUGUAGAAUGUGGGGUCCCUUGGCAUUCUUCAAUGAGCUGUGAAGAGUAUCAGAACCUUCCUUUAGAGGAGCGAGAUGCUGAGGACAUUACUUUGUAUCACCUUGCACAAAAUAAUCAGUGGAGACGCUGCCAGCAGUGCCGGCGAAUGAUCGAGCUUACACAGGGUUGCUACCAUAUGAUAUGCCGGUGCCGCCAUGAGUUUUGUUAUUCUUGUGGUGCUGAAUAUAGGGAUGGACAGCAGACGUGUCAGUGCACAUUUUGGGAUGAGGGUAACUCUAGGCACUCGCAAGAGUCUGAGCAAUGGGAAUGGGAUUCCUUCAAUUCUCUUUCUAUGAUCAUGGAUGCAUACUCAGAUCAGGAGCGAUCGCAGCUGGCACUGAUCCAGAGGUUUCUUGCCGGUGGUUUCAGUCUGAGCGACCAUCACCCGCAUCAAUCCCCACCUCCCUGCACAGAUUCCUAUGUUGAUGCCAUGAAGGAUCUUCAUCAGCUUCCUUGGCUCGAGAGGUUUGUCUCUGUGAUUAGCGACGACUACUAUGAGGACUACAUCUAGAAUAGGGGCCAUUGGACGGUCUGAAAUUCAAAAUAAGGUGUUAGCUUCCAAACACUGAAAUGAAAAAUUAUAUGUACGAGGAGUCUCUUGCUUGUUCCUAAUUUUUCUUUUUACAUGAGCCUGCGAAAAAUGCGCGCUUUGUCUAUGUAAUUUUAAUGAUCAUUCUGUGCUAGAAGACACCUGCCCCAUGAUGUGCCUCAAUGAUAUUUUUAGGUUGAAGAGUCUCUGCACAAUAAUUGCUUCCUUCUUGAAAGAAAAGAAAAGGUGAUGGAAGUACAUUUAUUUUGUCGAUCAAUUAGAAUUUGUAAGAAAUUUGAUCA